UUGUUGCUUUAUUCCCUACCGUCCUCCUGGCCUCCGAGUAGAUAGCGGGGUACACAUUUUCCUGAUAUCAAGCUACGCUAAAUAUGGUCAUGUCAGUAUGUCAAUAAUCCCUGUGUUUAAGCCACAUACAGACACUGAUGUGUCGGGACAUUCUUUCUCUUCAACUCUCUAGCUGACGUCUGGUGCUUAAAACAGAGCAUGCUUUCAUCCUUCCGCGCAUUGUCGCAACCCCCUAGGAAUACAUUUUAAAGGGUGCUGCUGCUACGUAGGGAAACAGUUGCUGACCAAACCAGGCAGAGACACUUCGACUCCGGCUUCCACGAAUGCUGCCUUAUAGUUUCUCCUCUACAUUGGCCUGACAGGAAAGUAAAAAGGGACCAUGUCUACCUUUGGCUACAGGCGAGAGCUUAGUAAAUAUGAAGACCUAGAUGAAGACGAACUCCUCGCUUCUCUAACGGAAGAGGAGCUGAAGGAGUUAGAGAGAGAAUUUGAGGACAUUGAGCCUGACCGAAACCUCCCUGUGGGACAAAGGCAAAAGAGUCUCACUGAGAAAACUCCAACAGGAACUUUCAGCCGGGAGGCGCUGAUGGCCUAUUGGGAAAGGGAGACCAGGAAACUUCUAGAAAAAGAGAGAAUGGGGGCAUGUGAAAAGGAUGCUAAUCAAGAAGACGAUGCUGGUGAGGAAUCAGAAGAAGAAAUUAAUGAAGACUAUUUCACAGGAAGUAAUAGUGAAGUUUCUGAGGAGGUAUACACUGAAGAAGAAGAAGAGGAAGAAGAAGAAGAGGAAGAGGAAGACAAAGAAGUAGACCAAGACAAAGAAGGAGAGGAAGAGGAUCAACAUGAAGAAGAGGGAGAGCAAAGUAGUACAGAUGAUAGUGAAGAAGAAGAUGGUGAAGAAUGUAAAAAACCCAAAGACACUGAAAUCAAACAAAGUUCACUCAGUAUAAACCUUAAAAAAUGCAACAACAAGAGGAGUGAAAAUGAGAUAGUUGCCAAUGGGCAUAAUGAAAAGGAUGCAGAAGACUUGAACUACAGAAUGGGUCCCAUGCACCCUUGUGGAAAUCCAACUGUGAUUGAAGAUGCAUUGGAAAAGGUCAGGAACAAUGAUCCUGACACCACUGAAGUAAACCUAAACAACAUUGAAAACAUCACAUCACAGAUGCUCAUAAAUUUUGCUCAGGCUCUCAGGAACAACACUGUAGUCAAAACAUUUAGUCUGGCCAACACUCAUGCUGAUGAUAAUGUUGCCAUGGCUAUUGCUGGUAUGCUCAAAGUUAAUCAACAUAUAUCAAAUCUGAAUCUUGAUUCUAAUUUUAUUACAGGGAAAGGAAUACUAGCUAUCAUGAGAGCUUUGCAGAAUAACAAAGUUUUAACAGAAUUACGCUUCCACAACCAAAGGCAUAUAAUGGGAGGCCAGGUUGAAAUGGACAUUGCUAAACUUCUGAAGGACAAUACUACUAUUGUGAAGUUAGGCUAUCAUUUUGAGCUUGCUGGACCAAGAAUGAGUAUGACAAGCAUCCUGACAAGAAACAUGGAUAAACAAAGACAGAAGCGGAUGCAGGAGCAAAGGCAGCAAGAAUCCAAUGGAACAAUCAGUCCAAAGACCAAAGCUUUCCCAAAAGGAACUCCUGGUUCUUCACCUUAUUCAUCUCCCCGAAGUUCACCUUGGUCUUCCCCAAAAACGGUCAGAAAAGUCAUACCUGUUCAAAACCAACCUUCUCCCCUAAGUUCGCCUCUCUCCUCCCCAAAGAUUCCUAAAAAAGUCCCUCCUGUUAAACAACAACCUCCAUCUCCUCCACCACCUCCUCCACCACCUCCUCCACCUCCACCUCCACCACCUCAAGCAGUUCCAGAGAAAAAGGCACCAACUCGGAAUAUUGCUGAGGUUAUCAAACAGCAAGAAAGUGCCAAAAAGGCUCUACAAAAUAAACCGAAAAAGAAAAAAGGAAAGAAAGGGAAAAAAUAUGAGAAUGAGAUCUUGUCAGAAAUUAAAAAUUCAUUAAGAUCAGUCUCAGAUAAGAAGUCAGAAGAAGGUUCCCGGCCCUCUACUCGACCUUCUACCCCAGUGAGAUGCCUCCACAGUGAUCUCAUGGAAGCAAUUCGUGGAAGUAGCCUAAAACAGCUAAGACGAGUGGAAAUCCCAGAAGCUCUGCGAUAAGACAAUUAACAAGUCUGAUACGUGCAACCCUUGCCAUGGAGAAUAUUGUGAUUACUAUGGUGGUUAAGAGAAAGGUACUGAAUUGUUCUUCCAUGAUAAAACACACUUGUGUAAAUGACUUCAAAUAUGCACUCUUAGGUUUCAAAUACGAAGAGAAACAUUAAGCAUUGUAUUGACCUUUUUUCAUGUGUACAUAUGGAAUAGACUUUUUUAUUGAACAAAAUUUCUAAAAAUAGUUCAUUUAGAUAUACUUGUUGACAUCAAGUAGCACUUCACAGGAAAGGGAUUGUUCUGUGACCUGUAUUUUAUUUUUGUCUGCUUUGUGAAUUUACAAUAAAGGUAGUCUAAAUGUUCAAGUGACAAAACAGUA